CGGCUAUAAAUUCCGAGGCCACGAUGAGCUAGCUAGCUAGCUAGCUAUAAGAUAUAUGUUAAUAAUAAAUUAAAGUCUGAGAUUUGAUAUUUGAAGGAAUCAAAAGCUAUGGCGGAGGAGGGUCAAGUUAUCAGCUGUCACAGCAAAAAUGAAUGGGACAAUCAAUUCCAGAAGGGAAAGGACUCCAAGAAACUGGUAGUGGUUGAUUUUACUGCAACAUGGUGCCCACCCUGUCGUAUGAUCGCCCCUAUUUUCGUGGAAAUGGCUAGUAAGUACCGAAAUGCCAUUUUCCUGAAAGUUGACGUUGAUGAGUUGCAGGAAGUCGCUAAGGAGUGGGAUAUCGAGGCAAUGCCAACCUUUUUGCUCCUGAAAGAAGGGGAGAUUAUUGAGAAGAUUGUGGGAGCUGACAAGGAUGGUCUUUCAAAGAAAGUUGAAGUUCAUUCAGUUUUGGCUGCUGCUUGACUUUAUUUGAUUGGGGUUUGGGACUAAAUAAAGAUCAGUACCAUAUGCUAUUUACUUGUUAUCUUGUCUUAUAUAUGAUGUUUCUUAAUAACAUCUCACUGCUGGUUGGCAUAUGCCGUGUAAGGAUUUACAAUACACUAAAGCAUUAGACAUAAAUAUUAGCUCA